CACACACGCACACACACACAAACUCAGUCUAACAUUUGUUUUUAAAAAAAAACAAUAAUUAUAAUAAAAAAAUGUUUUCCAACGAAAGUGUCAAAACAGUAAUUUUUUCAAACCACAAAAUCAUUCCUAUAAUGAUAUAAGAAAUAUAAUAAGCAAUCACUUGGAUAUGACACAGUAUCAGUGUAAAAGCUUUGAUACUCCGAGUAUAUUUGUACUUGGUAGCACUGCAGAUUUUAAUGAUGUACUAAUCAUCGAAAAAAUGAUUAGCUGUAAGAAAGCAGCAUUCACUGGAUAUCAAAGUUUGCUAAAUGGUGCAAGUCCCGUAGAAGCCGUAGAGACGGCGUUGUGGUGGUUAGAAUGUGAUGAAUUAUUCAAUUGUGGCUACGGCUCGCUUUUAAACGAAAUAGAAGAAAUACAGAUGGAUGCAAGCAUAAUAGAUGGCUUCAAGAUGGAGUGUGAGUCCAUAGCAACGGUAUCAAAUAUAGAGCAUCCAAUAUCUCUUGCUAGAUUUGUUCUGGAUAACUUUCCUAACUCCAUCGUAGUUUGGGAGGGUGCAAAAAAUUUAAUAAAACAUGCAAGAUUAAAUAGUCUAAAUAACAUGAUAGCACCUAUGGCAUAUCUGGCUUAUAAAUUAGAGGGGACGGGCAAUUCUAAUCCUAAUUAGGACACUGAAAAUCAUCAACAUGCUGAAACAUUAAAAAACAGUGGAAGCACCGUUGGCUGUAUUGCUUACGACGGACACACUAUUGCUGCGGGAAGUACGAACGGUGGUUUAAACAAGAAAUUAGUAGGAAAUAUAAGUGGCUCCUCUAUAUUAGGCUGCGACGUAUAUGCUAAUCAAAAUGUAGGCUGUUCCCUAACGGGUUGCGCAGAAUUCACUAUGAAACAUGAUUUAUCGAGAAUUAUAGCGAAUGAUAUCGAGCAAGGAUGUGAUCCGUGGAAAGUUUUGAAACAAAAUCUCGAUUAUGCGAUAACUAGAUACGAUCAUGCAGCUGGUGGUAUCGUAUUUAAGAAAUUUGGCGAGUGGAGCGUGUAUUUUACCGCAAAUAACAUGCCAUAUGCAGUAAUUACAAAGAAUUACUUAGCAUUUGGUACAACUUUAGAUGAAAAGUGUGAGAAAAUACGAUGGAAGACAUUUUUCACACAGUUACGAUUUUUCUUUUGUAAAUAUAGAUAUUAUUAUGUUACGAUGUAUCCAUUUUUUUAGCUAUACUUCGUUUUGUCAUGUUUCUAUUAUUAAAACAAGGUAUCUUCU